AUGGGCCAACUACUAUUGGCCGUGAAGGCUCAAGAGUGUCUCCCGUUGUUGGUUGGGGAGUGGGCAAUCCUGAUACCGUCUGAGAAAAGCCAACGAGUCCUUCUGAUACCGGGCCUUGGGUUGGGAAGAAGUGAGGGUGGACUCCGAUGGGAUAGGAAAGCUGCUUCGCUUGAUAUGAUCGUGGGUGUAUCGUUGGGUUCAGAUAUCAUUGAUGCGGGGUAA